AUGACCGAUCCUGGAAAUGCAAAUACUCUCAGAAGGGGUGAACCGUAUGGUUUCCAGCUUCCGACUCCUAAUAUAAAUGCUUUUGAGGAAAGUUCUGAGCCAACAUCUUUUGCAGGAGGUCCGAUUAGGCAUCGCAAAAAACGUAAUCAUACAAAUACACCGUAUACGCGAGUUGCUAGUUCACCUAAUCCAAACCCCCAAGGGACUCACUGGCUGUUGAACAUUGUUAAGAAAUAUAUCCCACAGUGGCUGAGAUCGAUUAUAUGGCCCACAACAAGGCCCACCACUGAGGAUACAGCUAUGGAAAUAACCUCAACCGAAAACGAAACGAUCACGGGGAACAUUGUGCAAAGUUCUAUAGAAGAACUAAACAACGCAAUAGUGAAACGUGAAGAACAACCUCAACAAUCACAAUUGGAUACAAUAACAAAAAUGAAUUUAAAGAGCAAAUUUAACAGAUCAAGUUCAAAGAUUGCUGCAAGAUUCGGUCGUAGGAUGUAUUCAAACCCUCUACACAGACGAGGGACUAUUCCUAGAAAAAGGGUUAAUCAUGUUUCAGCACGAGAAGAGGAUCUCCUUUAUCCGGAUGAGAUAAAUGGAUCAUUAUCAGAUAAAGAGCAACUCCCUGAAAUACCAGCGGAUUGGUAUAAGCCUUUCAAAAAUUUGGCAGUGAACGAUUCAUUUUCAACAUCAUCAUCGGGAACGUCGACACCUUCACAAGAACCGGACACAAGCAAAAAGUCUUUAUCCCAAGGGCCUCCUCUUAAGAAGUUUAAAUCAGAUCUUGUUCCAGACAUAAAUUGGUUCAACUAUCACCCUUCAUAUAAAAGAGUGUCCAUUCCUGCAAGUUCGACUUCGAAAAACCAAAAUAUUUCUAUUGAUGACAAUUUACCGAAGGUUCCUGUCAGUAAUUCUUCGGUCACUGUUUCCAAACCAAAUGAUUCUGAAUCAUAUCUAAAAAAUGAUGAGGAACUUAGUACUACCCCUUUGGUACCACCGAGAUUCACUCAAAUUGUUGAUCAUACAGUAAAAAAUGAACAUUAUUAUAGUGAAGCAAAGAAAAAAAUUGAUUUUACUACAAAUGGAUUAGUUAGCACUAUUUCUGCUUUCACACCUAUUUCAAAAGAUAUUUUAUCGUUCAGUACUCCUGUUAAUAAAUUAAAAAGAUCAUUUAAUCAUAAUAUUGACAAACCUCUGGAGAAACCGGUUGAAACCCCAGAUGUUACUGAACCAACUGUUGUUAAUAAUGAAAUCGAAGAGACGGAGCCCACUGAAGAUGAUAACAAGGAGGAAGAGAAAAAUAAAGAUGAUAAAGAAAAUAUGGAUGAGAAAGAUAAUGAGAGAGCAGAGGGUCAAGUGGAUAGUGAAUAUAAAGAAGGAGAAGAAAAUAAAGAAGUCCAAGAAAUCGAAGAAAACAAAGAAAGCGAAGAUACUAAAGAUGAACAAGAGAACAAAGAGAAGGAAAUCAAGGAAGACAAAAAUAAGGCUUUCGAGUUUUAUACACCCGUUUCUCGAGCACCAACUUUAGCUUCAAGUCCACCAUCUGGCUCACCAAUGGACAUUGAUAUGGGUAAUAAUAACAUAAACCAACAAGCCCCCGGAGUAUCUAUUUCAACUUUCCCCACGCAAUUUAACUUUGGGCUAGGAAAUCUUGGAAAUGUUUUCUUUAAUGAUAGUAGCUUGACGGAAGUGUCAUCGAGCAAUAUGCCUAAGCAUUCUAGGUCAUCAAGUUUUCGAGGGAGAAUUCGAAGACAUGGUAGUCACUCUGGCAAUGAAGGCCGUAAUUUGUCAAUUCCAAAAACGGGGUCUUUCGAAGGAUCAGAUUUCAGCAGGAUGGUGUUACCAGAGGGAAGCUCAUUUAGUUUUGAACUAAAGGAUACAACAACAAUUCCGUCCAUCCAGCCUGUAUCGACAUCAACAACAUUUAAAUUUAACCAAGAGACUCCUAUUACAUCUACUGAGUCUCC